UGCACUUUGUUAAGAAAACAUUGGUCUCUGAUGACACAAGUGCACACACGUUGUACUGGUAAAGUAAACUGACGAUGCCAACGCAAAGUGUACUUGUCCGAGAUCCCUCUUUUCUGGCGAGGGUACUGCAGCAAUACUUGAGUUUGUUAAAGAAAUAUCCAAUCAUCACCAAAUCGGUGACGAGUGGCAUUCUAUCUGCUUUGGGAAAUCUUCUGGCUCAAGCUUUGGAGUACAGGAAGCACAGCAAAGAAAAUAGCCCAAAAAAGAAAAUCAACAUUCUGGGACCUGUACACUUUGCAAUUUAUGGAUUUUUUAUCACAGGUCCACUCAGUCAUUACUUCUACCAUCUCCUGGAGGUGCUUUUGCCAACCACUGUCCCCUACUGCCUGAUCAAGCGCCUUCUGCUGGAACGUCUCAUAUUCGCCCCGGCUUUCCUCUUGCUCUUCUAUGUGGUUAUGAAUGCUUUGGAGGGCAAGACAAUCCCAGAUGUUCAAAAGAAAAUUAAAACAAGUUACUGGCCUGCAAUGAAGAUGAACUGGAAGGUUUGGACCCCGUUUCAGUUUAUCAACAUCAACUAUAUACCUGUACAGUUUCGAGUGCUGUUUGCCAACCUGGUUGCCCUGUUCUGGUAUGCCUAUCUAGCCUCUGUUAGGAAAUGAAACCACAAAACCAGUAACAGUGAGUCUAGGUUGGUUUAAGAUGAAUCCAGUUUGUGCCUUUAAAGGACUAAUGUGUAGCACUGUUUUAAAUAUCUUCCAGAACAACUGACAGGGAAUAUUGUUCAUCUUCUGUAAAAUAACUGUAAUGUAGAUCAAUAUUGAGAUUGUACUGCUACUUCCAUUGACUGUUAUUGAAUUAUUGCCCUGAAAUUAAUAUUUUUAGAAACAAUCUGUCGCAAGA